UCAGCCCAUCUUAGAGGAGGGGGGAGGGGGGGAGGGGGGAGGUCCCUUUAAGAGACCACCAGGGCCCCGCUCCAGAAACUACAAGACAGUCACAUGGGCCCCAGAUGGGGAGGAGCCUAAAGAGGAAGAGGGGGGUCUUGGGCAGGAAGAGGAAGUGUUGAAACGGGAAGUAGAAGAACAUCGGCGGCUGCAGAGGCUGGAGAAGGCGGGGAUUAAAGUUCUGCCCGCUGUGAUUCGCUACGGCAGACCGGCGCCCCGUCUGGAGCAACAGGAAGUUAAGUCACCAUCCCCUGACAUCAUCCUGCGUCGCCAUAAUGACUUCCUGACCGACCAGAAGGCUGCGUGGGACUCUGACUCUGAGGGUGAGGCAGAGGGUGAAGAGGGGGGAGGAGGGGUGAGGAGGGUUCCUGACGUCCGUAGAGAUGACCUGGCCUCCCGACGCGCCCCACGCCCCCCCCCUGCUCCCACAGCGUACCAGUACGUCCCCCCACCUGCCUGCAGUCUACGGGACAGAGAACUCUGGGAGGACAUCAGACGAGCCUCACACACUGCUCUGAUGGACAGGAUGGAGCUGGAGACAAGUGCGAAAGAGGCAGUGUGUGACAUCAUCACACGCAGAGACAACCCCUUCCUUAGCCCAGCCUCCCAGCGAGAGGAAGAGGAGGAGGAGGAGGAGGAGGGUAGAGGUGUUAAGGUCCCAUUACCCAAUAAGACGAAAGAUGACCUCGCUAGAAGGAGGGGACAUAAUAGGUCACGCCCAUCUCACAGAGACGGACCAAUGAGCUUCGUCCAUGCCUCCAUCACCCAGUCAGAUCUGGAGAAAUGGGAGAGACUCAAGAUGUCUGAACCCAGUGAGUCUAGCCCCUCCCCUGUGUGUCAGGCAUGUCUGGAGAAAGUUUCCGGAACCCCUGACAUCAUCUCUAUGGCGACGGGGUCAAUGCGAGGUUGUUCUAAGGUUGUGACCUUUGGCGGCGUGACAGAGCUGGAGGAACAGCCAAUCAGCUCUUCCCGGGAAGGGGAGGAGUCUCAGUUGUUACGGCGACUGCUGGCCAAGGCAACCGUUGCCAUGCCGAUCAUCGCGCUGGGCUCCCAGCUCUCCGAGCAGCAGGAUAGCCAUAUGGGCGGAGUAGACGCUGCACAUACCCCGCCUCCCAACUCUGGCCCCUCCCCCCUGAGCCCAGAGGCUCCUCCCACCCCGUUGGAGCUAGAAGCCCGUCUGGCGCAGUACGAGAGGAGAGUGAGAGAGGAGGAGGAGGAGGAUGGAGGGAGAGAUGAAAGGAAGGUUCCGGACCUUCAGAAGGACGACAUGAUGGCCAGGAAGACAGGCGCGUUCCCCAGGACCCACAACACCACGACGACAACAUUCAACCGCUUCCUACCACUGCCGGGUUCCAAACGCCCAGCACAGGAAGUAGUCACAGACAGGAAGCUACAGCAAUCCAGGGUCUCCAUGGACAUGCCUCAACAGCACCCCAACGUGGCAACGGUCGUCAGGCCGCCCGUUCCCAGCCAUUGUAACUAUGAUGAUGAUGAUGAGGAUGAGGAUGAGUGCCCUGUACCAGACCUGGAGAAGGAUGAUAUGUUGGCUCGUAGGACCGGGGCAUACCAACACAGCGCGGGGAGAACCGGACGCUCCUUUAACCUGUUCCUGCCUGUCCCUGGAGCUGCCCAACAGAAGAACACCCCCUCUGGUGGACCCAACCAACUCUACAAGAACACCCCCUCUGGUGGACCCAACCAACUCUACAAGAACACCCCCUCUGGUGGACCCAACCAACUCUACAAGAACACCCCCUCUGGUGGACCCAACCAACUCUACAAGAACACCCCCUCUGGUGGACUCAACCAACUCUACCAGAACACCCCCUCUGGUGGACCCAACCAACUCUACAAGAACACCCCCUCUGGUGGACCCAACCAACUCUACAAGAACACCCCCUCUGGUGGACCCAACCAACUCUACAAGAACACCCCCUCUGGUGGACCCAACCAACUCUACCAGAACACCCCCUCUGGUGGACCCAACCAACUCUACCAGAACACCCCCUCUGGUGGACCCAACCAACUCUACCAGAACACCCCCUCUGGUGGACCCAACCAACUCUACAGACACAAACAGCAACCCAGCAGUGGCGUUUCCACAGCAACAGGAACUGAAGCCCCGCCCUCUAGAACCCCAACCAGGAAGUGUCUCGAGGACAACUCCUAUCUCUCCUCCCCCUCUUCUCCCUCCACCCUCCUCUCCUCCCACACCCACACUCCUCCUUCCACCCCUCCUCUCCCCCAGCUUAGUGGGAGGGAAAAAAGGAGGGAGGAGGGGAUGGAGAGAGGGAAGGAGAGAGAGAUGGAGAGAGGAGAGGAGACAAAGAAGGAGAGAGGGAAGGAGAGAGAGAUGGAGAGAGGGAAAGAGAGAGAGAUGGAGAGAGGAGAGGAGACAGAGAUGGAGAGAGAGAAGGAGAGAGGGCAGGAGAUAGAGAAGGAGAUACAGAUGGAGAGAGGAGAGGAGACAGAGAUGAAGGAGAGACGGAAGGAGAUAGAGAUUGAGAGAGGAGAGGAGACAGAGAUGAAGGAGAGACGGAAGGAGAGAGGAGAGGAGACAGAGAUGGAGAGAGGGAAGAAGGUGGGAGAGUCUAACAGAAGACCGUUCUGGGUGGAAGACAAUGAUCUGCCUCCAAUGAUGUUGAGCGGGAGAGUGUCUAAGAUGUCUGAGGAGUUGGAGAGCAUAAAUAUAAUUAACAUGCACAGUGAGGAAGAGGGGGCGGGACUACUUCAGCCUCUCGGCCAAUCACGAUAUGACGGCAUGCAGGAACAGUACACCAAUCACCAGGAGGAGGAGGAGGAAUGGCAAGACGACCUAGCCCGGUGGAAGAGUCGUCGCCGCAGUGCUUCUCAGGAUCUGAUCAGGAAGGAGGAGGAGAGGAAGCGAAUGGAGAGGAUGAUGAAGGAGGAGGAGGGAGGCCACACCCAGAAGAAGAAGAACAUCAAGACGUACAGAGAGAUCGUAGAGGACAAAGAGCGUAGGGAGGCGGAGCUAUGUGAUGCGUACAGGAGGGCGGGCUCUAAAGCGGAAGCUGCCAUGGUUCUCCAGCGUUACGUUCUCCGCUUCACCAUCAGUGAUUCAACGCUGGACAGUCUGCAGCUACCUAGAACCAUUACUACUGACCAGAACCCUGAGUCUAGAACACCUGCUACCAACCAGAACCCUGAGUUUAGAACCACUACUACCAACCAGAACCCUGAGUCUAGAACACCUGCUACCAACCAGAACCCUGAGUCUAGAACCAUCACUACCAACCAGAACCCUGAGUCUAGAACCACUACUACCAACCAGAACCCUGAGUCUAGAACACCUGCUACCAACCAGAACCCUGAGUUUAGAACCACUACUACCAACCAAAACCCUGAGUCUAGAACACCUGCUACCAACCAGAACCCUGAGUCUAGAACCAUCACUACCAACCAGAACCCUGAGUCUAGAACCAUCACUACUGACCAGAACCCUGAGUCUAGAACCAUUACUACCAACCAGAACCCUGAGUCUAGAACCAUUACUACCAACCAGAACCCUGAGUCUAGAACCAUCACUACUGACCAGAACCCUGAGUCUAGAACCAUUUCUACUGACCAGAACCCUAACCCUAUAACCAGUAUUAAUAACCAGAACUCUGAGUCUAGAACCAUUACUACUGACCAGAAUCUUGAGUCUAGAACCAUUAGUUCUGACCAGAACCCUAAGUCUAGAACCAUUACCUCUGACCAGAACCCUGAGUCUAGAACCAUUACUGCUGACCGGAACUCUGAGUCUAGAACCAUUACUACUGACCAGAACCCUAACCCUAGAACCAUUAUUACUAACCAGAACCCUGAGUCUAGAACCAUUACUGCUGACCAGAACCCUGAGUCUAGAACCAUUAGUACUGACCAGAACCCUGAGUCUAGAAGCAUAAUUACUAACCAGAACCCUGAGUCUAGAACCAUUACUGCUGACCAGAACCCUGAGUCUAGAACCAUUAGUACUGACCAGAACCCUGAGUCUAGAAGCAUAAUUACUAACCAGAACCCUGAGUCUAGAACCAUUACUGCUGACCACAACCCUGACUCUGACCCUGACAACCGAGAACGAGCUGGAAACGGACUAGAGGCCCUGCAGACUGACACAAAGCAAGAGCCCCGAGUCCCCCCCCAAAAACAUAUCUCUGUCACACACACCCAACACACACAGCUCCAAACCCAAAACACCCAAGACACACAGCUCCAAACCCAAAACACCCAACACACCCACACACAAAACCACUCCACACAAGGUCAGCACACACUCCCCCCUCCCAUCUCCCCCCCCUCGCGGCCCCUCCCUCUCCUAACAGCCAAGCCCUACUGCCAGCCACCACAGACACAGCCUGGACACAAGCCUGUUAAGGUAGAUGGCUUGGUGAGGCUGAAUGGAGAGACUCUCCCGUCCUCCCCGCCUUCCUCACCCCUUCAAUCCCCUUCCUCACCCAUUCACUCCCCCCAGCCAACCGAACAACCUGGUGCCAAUCAGAAGACACAGGUGUCGGCCGUCAGCGCCCUGAUUGGAGGGAGGAACUGUGUUGUCACGACGACCAUCGUGACGGAACUCACCCAGACACACCUGCAGCCACGUCCGUUAGAUAUGCUCAGCAACACACAGGUGAACGGCUCCAUGGCAUUGUCAAGGAGAUCAGGGGAGGAGGCGGUGUCUGACUCUUCACUGCUUAGCAACCAGAACACCUACUCAUCCUCGGUGACAGGAGGACUGGAGGGGAGCAGUGGGACGAUGGAGAGCCCCAUGUUGAACCUGGCUAAGCGUGUAGAUCACUGGGUGUGGAACCCUGAGGAUGAGAGGAGACGACAGGAGAAGUGGCAGCAGGAGCAGGAGAGAUUCCUACAGGAGCAGUACCUCAGGGAGCAGGAGAAACUGAAAGGGAGUGGGAGACUACUGAAAGAAGAUCCUGGAGGAGACACUACUGUUUUAUCCACCUCCCACAGAGCUCGCUGUUCAGACAGAAGUGAUCGUUCGGCACAACAGAUCUAUGCAUCAUGGGACUGUGAGUCAUCCAGGGGUCAGGAGACGUCUCUGGACCGCAACCAGCCCUGCGCCGUCAAGAGGUCAGGAUCGUAUGAGGGCCCACAUCCACCUUCAUCAUCCCCAUCAUCACCUCAACCGCCCUCCCCCAGCAGGUGUGUGAGUGGUAAGCGUCAGUGUUCAGGUUGCAAUCAGGCGCUGGGGAAAGGAACAGCUAUGAACAUCGACACGCUGGGCCUGUACUUCCACCUAACCUGCUUUAAGUGUGGAGUGUGUAAGGUACAGCUAGGUGACACCAGUUCAGGAACAGAUGUUAGGAUCCGUAACGGGCUGCUGAGCUGUCACGACUGCUAUGCCACAUCACACGCAGUUGGCCAGCCGACUACGCUGUGAUUGGCUACAGCCUGCAUCUGGAACCCUUCACAACAUUCUGGAACGCUGUGGAAUUCUCUUAACUGGACACACAAACUUCUCCCAGAUGAUGUCACGGAGACUAAACUGUCUGAUGCUAACUGAUGCUAAUGGAGGCUAACUGCUAAGUGCUAGCGUUGUAGCUGAUCAACCAGUUUUUCCCAGACUGACUUUGAGUACAGAGACCUGAAGCACAACCACUGAUCUACGACAGCACACUCAGACACACGCUACAUGCUAACACCAGCAGCAGUCGGAAUGUAGUAGCUACCUUACCUUAAUGUCAAAUGAGCUAAAUGAUAAAUGCUAACGGAUGCUAACUGCUAAAUGCUACUCUUCACUCACCAUCAUAAUGCCUUAAUAACUCUGUUUUGUUUUUGUGUUUUAAGUAUUUUUGCAUGAACGAAGACCGUGUUAGUUGUUGUUGUUGUUAACGGUAGUUAGGCUGUGUUACCUAGCGACAGCCCUGACGACCACAUAUAGUUGUUAUGGUUACCGUAUGCCUCUCCUCCAUGUUGUUGCGUAAUGAUAAAAGCUUUUGUCUUUAUUCUAAUGUUCACCUGAUCAUCAUUAUGCUGCAUUCAUUACUCUGAGAGCAAUAAGGAUGCAUGAUCGCUUUAGUUAUUAUUGGAUGUUAUUAUUACCAUUUAAUAACAAGGAUAUUCUGACAUUGUGUUUUAGAGCUUUGCAUCAUACUCUGCCUUAAGACGAGAGUGAGAGGGGUAGCACACGUGUAGUGUUUAAGUGUGUGUGUGUGUUUGUGUGCAUGUUUGUGUGAGUAGUUUUAGUUCAACUUGAAGCACAGUCCUAUACCAGCGAAUAUUACUACACAUUGACCCGCCCUCUCCCUCUUUCUCUCACCUGAUUGGACCUUUACUCCUAAGAACAACCAAUGAAUGAGACACAGUUAUCUGCUGCUUCCUGUUUAUGCCCAGCCUCUUGUCCUAUGGCAUUUUUAGGCCUAUUUCUUACACCAAUCAAAUGCUUUGGAUAGAUGUGUAGAGGAGAGGCGAGAAGGGAGGGGAGGGGAGGAGAGGGGAAGAGAGGAGAGGAGGAGAGAGAAGAGAGGAGAGAGGAGGGGAGAGAGGAGGAGAGGAGAAGAGAGGAGGGGAGAGAGGAGAGGAGGAGAGAGGAGAGAGGAGGGGAGAGAGGAGAGGAGAGAGGAGAGCGAGAAGAGAGAGGGGAAGAGAGGAGAGGAGAGAGGAGAGAGGGGAGGAGAGAGGAGAAGAGAGAGGAGAAGAGAGAGGAGAAGAGAGGAGAGGUGAGGGGAGGAGAGGAAGCUACUUUAGACUGUUCUGUCUGCUGACAUUUCUAAAGGACAAACUGAAUUGAUCCAGCUUCAUAGCCUUUAUAGCAAUGUGUGUUUAUCAAUAAAAUGACAUGGGUUUGUUUCAA